AUGCCGGAGCCCAAGGCGUCGCGCGGCAAGCUUGUCCGCCGCGCCUGCGACGCAUGCAAGAUCCGCAAGAUCAAAUGCUCAGAGACGCCGCCCUGCACCGCCUGCCUCGCCUCCGGCAUCGACUGUACGUUUCACGAGCGUCAGGGCACACGAGGCCCUCGAAAUCUGCGCAUCAAGACGAGACUGCGUAUCGCCCAGACCCAGCUCGGGUCACAUGCGCAACCGUUAGCUUCAGAUGUCCAGGCGUCCUCGGGAGCUCCGAUCGCAGACACGGGCUCGGCUGCUGGCUACAGCGACGACAGCGCCAGCCUGAGCGACCCUCCGCCAAACGUUCCACAGCCCCGGAUACCCGACCUCAUAAACUUUGUACAUCUUUAUGAGCAGCGUCUUUAUCCGGUCUGGCCCAUUGUCGAUACCACCGCCCUUGUCCAGGAGCUUAGUGCUCCAGGGCCGUGCGACCCGCGCAUCCUGCUGCUCGCCGAAGCCAUCCGUCUGGGUGCGAUUGCCCAGCUACGCCUACCCAAUUCGCCCGCCUCGCCUGUCCCAGGUAGCCACGAUGGCUGUGCAGAUCUCACGGCUCUUCGAACCUGCUUUUUCCGCCAUGUUUUCUACGAAAAUCUCCAGCCUGGCGGACCCAGGUCCCUCAUGCACUUGCGCGAGGCCUUGACCAUCGCCCAGAUCCUUCGUCUCGACCGUGAGUCCUCAUACGCGACGCUUCCCGAGCCUGAACAACAGAUGCGGAGGAGAAUUAUAUGGCUCCUGUUCGUCACAGAACGCGGUGUCGCCAUGCUGUAUGAGCUUCCCGUAGUCUUGCGACCCAGUACCUUCCUUCCUGCACCCCAUGGCGAGGUUCUUACAUCUUUUCUAAAGCUGGUCAACCUUUUUUGGUCUUUCCAGGCUUCAGGCAUCUUCGAUACGGGCAUCCUCCAGUCUGAUGCUGAUGUGCCAACCGUCUCAGCCGCACGUGACAGCCUCGAGCUACUCCAAGCGAGUCUCUCUCAGAUGCCCAUCGACACUACGGCCAGCAACGAUGUCCAACGCGCAGAUCUGUUCGUGACAGGGCAGUGGAUGCGCGCCGUCCUAUGGAGAGCGGCUUCGCGGAUCGGCAUGUCCAGUAAUGCCAUCACGGACCCAAUUCGUAUCGCUCGCGACCUGCUGUCUUUCGUGGCGCAAGUCCCUCAAGCUGCCAUCGACGCGCAUGGUGCCGCUAUCGAGUUCAAGACGUUUGAAAUCGCCUCGGCUGUUAUUGACUCCAUAGCACACAACAACCUCCCCGUCGUCUCUCUCGACGAGCCUGAGCAGGUUUUACAGGGCCUCCAGAGGAUGUUGUCCUCUUCUAGGGGCGGCAAUCGAGCGCUCCUGGCUUCUCUGUGGCUCAAGAUGGCAACAAUACAGCGAGCGGGUGUUCCCACCCCGCUUACAUUUUCGCCUCUGCCUCGGGUUGAGGAACUACCUGAAGAUGGUACCACCAGUCACUUGCCCCAGACAAACAAUUCCCAGUCAACCGGAGCGUCGGUGCAGGUCUCAGCGUGGACUGAUCUCGAGGAUCUGCUACAAAACGGCAUGCUCGGCAGGAUAUCGGGUAUUUCGACUCCGAGGGAUCGCGUGGGCGAGGCCACUACACUGCAGGGAAUGACAUGGCCUUUAUUCGACGCCAAUGUGCCACUCCGUACGCCAUCUCCCAUUACCAGAAUGAUCUUGGACCAGAUCCAAGGCGCUACAAACGAGGAACUAUCCCCAUUGUCGAAUAUGCCAUGGAAUGGUGUCAGUCCUUGA